AUGUCUAUCACAGAAGCAUCUGCUUCAACCUACAAGACAAUCACUCCGUACGAUUUGACUGCUGGAGAUAAUCCAGGUGCAGUCAUCUCUCAGCCGCUACUCAACGGUUUUAACUAUGAUGAAUGGGCUAUCAACCUACGCAUGGCUCUCAGCUCUCGCAAGAAAUUCGGGUUCAUCGAUGGAACCAUACCAAAACCUGCAGCUAAUUCUACACAACUCGUGGAUUGGACUGCAAACAAUCAUCUUUUAGUGGGAUGGAUUAAACUUACCAUUGAGCCCAAGUUACGUUCAUCUAUCUCCACUCGUGAAGUUGCACGAGAUUUGUGGGAGAUUAUUCGAAAACGUUUUUCUGUUAAAAGUGGAGCUCGAUUGCAGCAGCUCCGGAAUGCUCUAGCUACUUGUAAACAACAAGGUGCCUCCGUUGAUGAUUACUUUGGCAGAUUAACGAAGCUGUGGGAUGGAAUCUCUGAAUGCACUACUACGAAACGGUGUGAAUGUGGGAAUUGCACAUGCGACCUUAAUAGUGCUCGUGAAAAGGAGUUGGAGGUUCUCAAAAUUCAUGAUUUUCUGUCUGGUCUUGAUGAUGCUGUUCAUGGAGCCAUACGUUCUCAGAUUUGUGCCAUCGUUCCGUUGCCGGACCUUGAUAGUGUAUAUCAAACAGUGGUUCAGAAUGAAACCAUUCGAUCAGGAGUAAUUAAAGAUACUGAAGUUAUGAGUUUUACAACUCAUACAUCCUCUGUUUCUCGAAGUGAGUCUCAGGCCGGUGGUUUUUCACGUAAUAAUACUACUUCUCAGGCCGGUGUUUCUCGUGGACUUAUAAAUCGUGAUCCAUCGCGUGUAUGUACUGCGUGUGGUCGCAAUGGUCAUGAAGCAUCAGCUUGUUUUAAGGUUGUUGGUUUUCCAGAUUGGUGGGAAGAUCGACGCAAAACCAGUUCUCGAAAUUUCUCUCCUGGACGUGGCCGUGGCUUACCACCAAGAGCAAAUAGUACACAGAUCGUCGCUGCAAAUUCUACAGCUGCGACUCCUACAACUCCUCUUACUGAUGCAGACCGACAAGGUUUGAGUGGUAUUUCUGACGAACAAUGGCGCACAAUUCAACGUGUUUUUGGUUCCAGCAACAUCAAGAACACAAGUGAUCGCUUAAGUGGUAAGAAUGAUGAGAUUGUUUGGAUCCUAGACACAUGCGCCACUCAUCAUAUGACUGGGAAAAUUGAUUUGCUUCAUGAUAUACGUAGUAUAUCCCCUGUUUUCGUGACCUUACCAGCCGGAAAAAAUGUUAUUUCUUCACAACAGGGCACUGUUUUUCUUACACCAAAUCUGUGUUUGAAAAACGUUUACUUUGUCCCUGGAUUUCAUAUUAAUUUAAUCUCUCUUCGGUAUGACAGUCAAGCAGCCUUGCACAUUAGCUCUAAACAAAAACUUAAUGAUUAA